CUCUAGUACCUUGAAUCCGUGAAUGGAGAAUGACACGUGAUGGACUGAAAGCUGUUUCGAGUGUUUAUUGAAAGGCUCGACGAUACAUUCCCUUAUACUUGUUCCGUAAUUCGAUCAGCUAACAAUACCAACUAAACUUCAGCGGGUUGCACAGCAAUAAGGAAGAAAACAUGGCUGAUCCUUUAUCUGUAAAGGCUAUUGAUUACACCGUUGAUGCUGGUAACGUUGAGGAUGGGGCUCUCCACAUUUUGAAACAAAUUAGACCAUCGUGGCCACAAAAGAGCGUCUGCUUUCGAUACUUUAUGGAUGGCAUGACCAACAAGCUGGUGGGCUGCUUCCUCGAGUCCCAGCCCGACGAGGUCGUCCUCUUGCGCAUCAACGGAGAAGCCACGGAGCUGAUCAUCGACCGGAAGGCCGAGGUGGAGACCUUCGUGCUACUCCACGCCGCCGGCUGCUCUCCUCCUCUCUACGCCGUCUUCAACAACGGGAUCGCGUACGGCUUCUUCCCUGGGAAGCCCAUCGACGAGGAGCUCGUGCGAGACGAGCAAGUUGCCACCCUCAUCGCUAAGAACAUGGCGCGUCUUCACGUCGUCAGACCCAAGAACUCGCAGUCCCAGCAGGUCUCCUAUUGGCCCCAAAAGACUCAGAGUUUCCUUGACCUCGUUCCAACCGAGUUCGACGACCCCAGAAAACAAAAAAUGUUCCAAAAAGACAUUCCAAGCAAGUCGGACCUGCAGCUGGAACUGGAGGAGAUCAACGGGCAGCUGCAGAGCCUCGACAUGCCGGUGGUGUUUUGCCACAACGAUCUGUUGCUGAAGAACAUCAUAUUCGACGCAGACAAAGGAGAGGUGAAUUUCAUCGACUAUGAGUAUGCCUUUCUCAACCACCAGGCCUACGACAUCGGAAACCAUUUCUGCGAAUACGCAGGUGUAGAAACCGUCAACUACGACAACUACCCUGACCGCGACUACCAGUUGCUGUGGUUGCAGCGCUACCUGCAGUUUUACUCCCAGGCUCUGGGCCACGCUGCCUCCGAGGUGUCGGAAAGGGACGUGGAACGGUUGUACGUGCAAGUGAACAAGUGUGCUUGUGCGGCUCACUUUUUCUGGGGAAUCUGGGCGCUUAUUCAGGCAAAGAACUCCUCCAUAGAUUUCGACUUUCUUGAUUACGCAAAAUUAAGGCUGAAUGAAUACUUCCGACGCAAGAAGGAGUUCUUCUGUUUGAGUUUGCCAUGAAGCAUUACUGACCGACCUCUAUGAUCACAACCUGUGUUACAGACUUGCAAGAUCCUCGAACUUGUCUUUCAGCUUUUACUUUGGGUGUGUCGUACACCACUGGGGCAAUCAGCGGUGUGAAUGGGCGAGCUUAGGAAAGAAGCAGAAAAUUAGACAUAGAGAGAGGAGCUUCAAGGAUUUUUAAAACAAAUUAAAAAAAAUACCGUCUUCCUACAAGAAUCAGCUCAUAAGAAUAGAAAACCCAUAUCUAAUGAUCACCAACUGCUUUCCAUUUCGUGGAUGCUAAUGCGGGACAAAGACGAGACUGAGGGUGGGGUUGGGUAGUGGAAGGUAAUCGGGGAGGGAAGGCUUAUGUCUCAUGAAUUGGGAGGUUGGGUGGAGGUGGGAGUAUGGAGGGAUGUAUUGACUAACACAAGCGAAGUUUGCAUAGCUGUGAAAAGUGAAUACUUUUUUUUCCUUGAAGAACAAGGUGUGGUUUUGUUGUCGGUCCGGGAAGGGUCUCUGAUGUUGAGGGUUGAGCUGGAAUGGCCUUUUCGUAGUCUGUUACUGGCGAGAGGUUUUGAAUUGUAAGCUUUUUCCUUUUUUUUUUUUUUGUCUUGGUCUAAUAGUUCUCUUUUGAUGCCUUCAUUGUACCUGUUGCACUUAGCUUAUUGGCUUACCUGUAAAGGACUUCACGGGGACAGCUUUCGUAUCUUGCACUGUGUCCACUGCAGAUGAUGCAAAGUCUCUUUAUUGUUGGAUCUUGUGUCGUGGACCCUACUUAGUGCUUCCAACCUGCCUGAACAUCACAUAGUCUGGUCUGUCACUGUCACUAUUUCUCUCUGUCAUUGUCACAAUCCCGGUAUCCUAACAGUUCAACGUUGAGACCGUUCAACGUCAGUGAGAAUCAUGGCCGCGUGCAAUUGGGAUUAGCAGUUUAUUAUUUUAGAGACAUUUGAUAUAUAACGAAGUUUGUAGGCUUUAUUUUCUUAGGCAUAAAUAUAGUGGACACCUCCAACUACUUGACAUCAUGUAACCCAUUAUUUAACCCUCUUUGUUGGUAGAGCGUGGGUGAUAUGUUUUGUUGCAAUAAAUUAAUGAGAUGGAAAAGAAAUAUAUUUUGAUGACCACGUGACAAGAACCAGUUAAUUUAUUGGGGGUCUGUGUCGAUUAUAUCGUUUUCGAUAUAAUAUAUUUAUUAUAGAAAACGAUAUUUUGAUUUUAGAAUUAUUUAUAUUUAUUUUCCAUAUAAAGUCUUUCGUGUGUAUCCGCAUGUGAUGGUCGUAACCAGAGAUACAAUUAUGUCACGAAUCAUAUUUUUAUAUUUGAUCAUUGUGGGUGCAAUUUUAAGGCUUAAUUACAAUGUGAUUAUAUCCGUCAAUAUGAAUAAUAAUUGGUUGUAUAUCUUAGCUGCUGUUAUGGCUAAAAAUACCUCCUGGACUUAUAGCCAGUAAAAUUAAUGAAAUAAAUGAUUUUCUUGUAUGAAUUAUAA